GGGUGGUAGUAGUAAUUAUUAAAGUAAAAGAAUGGCGUCCCGUCGACCACCAUUUUGGUUAUUAAAAUGAAAGGGAGAAAGAAAAAGUGUGCUUUAUCUCUUUACUCACAAUCCUAGUGUUAGUGUUAUAUGUGUAUGUGUAUAUAUAUGUGUGUGUGUGUGUGUGUGUGUGAAGAAGAAGUAAGAAAUAGGAAAUAGGAAAUAGGAAAUAGGAAUGAUGAGAAGAUUGCCACCUGGGUUUCGGUUUGAGCCAACAGAAGAAGAGCUUGUGUUUGAGUAUCUAAAAUGCAAGGUCUUUUCCUCGGCCUUGCCUGCUUCUAUCAUUCCAGAGAUCAAUGGCGUUUGGAAUUUGGAUCCUUGGGAUAUUCCUGCUGCAGGUGGUGGGGACGAAGAGAAAUACUUAUUCAGCAAGAAGGAGGCAGGGGAAUAUAACAAUAACAAUAAUGGAGAAGGAGGAAUAAUUGGAUGGAGUAAGAGUGGAUACUGGAAGGCAAGAGGAAGGGAGAAGGAAAUAGUAAGCAGUGAGAAUGGAGUGGCAUUAAUGGGUAUGAAGAGCACUCUGGAUUUCUACACCAACAACAUCAGGAAGAUGAAGAAGACAGGUUGGGUGAUGCAUCAGUAUCGUCUCAUAAUACCACAUUCUCACUCUUCAACUAACAAAUGGGUUCUUUGCCACAUCCUUUCUCCUACUAAUAAAUUAUUCGAUCAUAUUAUUCACCCCCACCGCCACCGCCGCCGCCUCCGUUAUUCUAUUUCUUCUACAAAGGAUGAGAAUGGGGAUGAUCAGGAUGAGCAUGAUGAGCAUGUAAAUCACAUCACUACUUCCACCGCCUUCUCCGACGACGAACAUGAUUCUGUUUCCUCCACCGCCUCAUCCUCUUCCACUUCCGCCACCUUCACCGAUUUCACAUCUACAACUACUGCUACUACUACGUUCCACUUAUAAUUAAUUAUUCAUUAUUGUUCCCAUA